CGAGUCGGGCCGCCGCCUCAAGCUACACGAAAGCCCACAUAUAAGUGUCGUGCUGUGCCCUUUCAUCUGUUCCAUCCAGCAACCUCCUGAUGGUCUCGAUGUCCAACUCGUUCCGACGAGAGAGCAAUGCAGGGGUGAAGCAGCAUGAUAACUUCGUUACAAAGACAGUGAGCGCCACGGCACCAGAUACAAAGUCGCCAGGUGUACGGAGGGUCGAAGCGCUGGCCAGCACCUACUCGAGCACAGCCAUCCUCUUCCUCCUGUUUGCGAUCUUUAUUGCGGCCUACGCAUACGACCUGGAUGGUACUAUCCGGUACACAUACCAGUCCUUUGCGACGAGCGAGCUGAAAGUGCUCGGCCUGUUGUCGACCAUUGGCGUGCUCAGAAGUAUCAUUGGUGCAGCAGCACAGCCUACGUUUGCAAAGCUCGCCGAUGUAUUUGGUCGUUGGGAGCUUCUUUGCGUGUCCCUCUUCUUCUACGUCCUUGGUACUAUUGUCGAAGCGACCGCCAAGAGCAUCAACACCUUUGCUGCGGGUGUAAUCCUCUUCCAGGUGGGAUUCUCCGGCAUCAACAUCAUCAACACAGUCUUGAUUGGUGAUAUGGUCUCUUUGCGAUACCGUACUCUUGCUACGGUCGUACCUAUUAUGCCUUACAUCGUCAAUGUGUGGAUCUCUGGCAACUUGACGUCAUCUGUCCUCAAAGUGACUACUUGGCGAUGGGGCAUGGGCAUGUUCGCCAUCAUCAUGCCAGUAGUCAGUAUCCCUUUGAUUGGGCAGCUCUGGUGGAAAGGUAGACAGGCUAAGAAGGCUGGCGUGUUGGACGGCCUCUUUGGGUCCUUCCACGGUCUCAAAUGGUGGCAAGCGCUCAUCAAGUUCUUUUGGAUGCUGGAUGUUGUCGGUGUCAUUUUGAUGAUUGCCGUGUUUGCUCUGAUUCUGACACCCCUCACCCUUGCUGGUGGCGUUGAGGAUACCUGGCACAAGGCUCACAUCAUUGCACCGCUCGUUGUUGGUUUUGUUACGAUCCCCUUCUUUGUGGUUUGGGAGCUGUACACCAAGCACCCCAUUAUCCCCUUCCGCAUGCUCAAUGACCGCUCUGUAUGGGGCGCGCUUGGUGUUGGUAUCUUCUUUGACUUUGCAUGGUACAUGCAGGGCGACUACCUCUACACCAUUCUGAUUGUUGCCUACGACGAGUCGAUUCUUUCAGCAACACGCAUCACGAACCUCUAUACAUUUGUGUCGACAUUGACUGCCGUCUGCGUGGGUAUUGUUGUGGCUCACCCACGCGUCCAGCGCAUUAAACCCUUCAUUCUCUUUGGCAUCUUGAUGUGGUUCCCAGCCUUUGGCAUGCUCAUUUACUUCCGUGGCGAUGGUACGAGUCGUGCAGGUAUUAUUGCUGCACAAGUCUUGCUUGGCUUUGGUGCAGGCUUCUUCACCUACCCAACACUUGUCUCUGCUCAAGCGGCCGUGAAGCACGAACACCUGGCUGUGAUUACGGGUCUCUACCUUGCCUUCUUCUACAUUGGCUCAGCUUUUGGCAAUUCAGUGUCUGGCGCCGUCUACACCAACCUCCUCCCUGGACAGCUUCAACGCAACUUGGCGCGUGUCUCGAGUAACACGACACUCGCAUCGAGUGUGUAUGCAUCUGCACUGACGGUUGCCUUGGAAUACCCUAUUGGUACAAUUGAGCGUACGGCGAUUGUUGAGUCGUACAAGCAUGUUCAGAAGAUUCUGUGCAUUGUUGGCUUGUGUCUAUGUGUACCCCUUGCUGGAUUCGCUUUCUGCUUGCGCGACCCCAAGUUGGUUGCUAAGCAGUCGCUCAAGGAUGAUGCGUCUGUCACUUCUUCUGAGACUGAGGGCGAUUUUGCUCGUGACAGGGCUUAGAUGUCUGUGUAUACCUUGGCAAUUAGACGGCUUAUAAUCUACUUCUGUAGCAACUUCUCUGCACGAGAUCGAUCUGAGCAAGAUCAUGUAGAUCUACAAAUCACGGGACUUGAUC